UAAACCCAUUGUAGAUGUUAUGUCCAUAUUUAUUGCUAUUCGUAAGAUAUACUAGGAUUGAAAAUACUCAGUCUAACUUGUAUGCAAAAAGUAAAUUCGACAUUGCUUGCAUGUGCAGAAGUCAAUAUAAUAAUUUUAAAAAAGGCGACAUUAAAAACAGGAAAAUCCAGAUAGGACACGUUGAAACACAUUUACAUUAAAACACAAUGGAAGUUGCAUUCCAUUAAAAUAAGCACCAGAGUUUUAAAAGCAACUUUUAAUUGGUCAAAUAUUGCCAGACUUGGCGACAGGAUUGUGACUUGGGGUUGAACAACCGAUGGACGACAGGGGGAGUAUGGUGAAGAUAAAUCCUGCACCGCAAACACACUAGUCAAUUCGGCAGCAGUUCAAGUUCGGGCUUCGAAACACUUGCGUCAGCAACAUGUCUGUAUAACUUCAGUACACCCUCAAGCAUAACAUCGUUUGGCUGUAGGAUCGUGCUACAUAUUAGUAGCCACUAGACCCCCGUCCAACACCCGGCGGGCUACAGCACAGUCACACCAUGAAGCCCCGUGAGGGUGGACCUCCAGACGGCGGGUAUGGCUGGGUGGUAGUCGCCUCGUCCUUCCUCAUCAUGGGCCUCACCGCCGGGGUCAUGAAAAACCUCGGCCUCUUCUUCCUGGAGAUCCAGCGUCACUUUGGAGUGCUUAACAGCACCGCGUCGUGGGUCACCUCCACCACCAUAGCCAUGUUUCAUUUAGCAGCCCCGGUGGCGAGCUCCUUGAGCCUCCUGUUCUCUCACAGAGCCGUCAUCGUGGCCGGAGGUAUACUGAGCACCGCGGCCAUGGUGCUGGCCUCCCUGGACCUCGGCCUCCCCUGGAUGUACUGCAGCCUCGGCGUCCUGCAAGGCACGGGCAUGUCCCUGGCCUGGGUGCCCUGUAACAGCAUGGUGAGCCACUACUUCCAGCACUGGCGGCCCGUGGCGUACGCCCUGGCCAGCUGCGGGGAGUGCGUGUUUGCCGCCUUCUUCAGCCUGUUCUUCCAGUGGCUCAUUGACGCCUACACCUGGCAGAGCGCCCUGCUGCUCAUCGGGGGCCUCCAGCUGAACCUGUGCGUCUGCGGGGCCCUCAUGAGGCCCCUGGGGUCCGGCGCCCUGAACCCGGAGACCGGGGGCGAGUGCGCCCCACCCAAGGCACCACGGAGGAUCUUCCACUGGAGCCUGCUCCGCCGGCCGGAGCUGCUGCUCUACAUCCUGUUUGCGGUGACGGCGGCGGCGGGCUUCUUCAUCCCGCCCCUCUUCCUGGUGCCGCACGCCGCCCGCCUGGGCAUGGACCCGUACCGCGUGGCCUCGGUGCUGUCCGUGCUGGCCACGGCGGACUUGGCCGGCCGGCUGUUCUGCGGCUGGCUGGCCCAUCGGCGGCACUGGAGGAACUUGCAGCUGCUGACGCUGGCGGUGACGGCGCUGGGCGUGGUGGUGGUGCUGCUGCCCCUGGGCGCCCGCGGAUACUGGGCCACGCUGGCCUUCUCCUCGCUCUACGGCUUCCUGUUCGGCUGCGUGGUGGCGCUGCACGUCACGGCCAUCGUGGACGUGGUGGGGGGGCUGGAGCGCUUCGACAGCGGCCUGGGGCUCUUCAUGAUGUUCCGCACCGCCGGGGGCUUCCUGGGCCCCCCGGCCGCCGGCUGGUUGGUGGACGAGACGAACGACUUCAGCGCUGCGUUCUUCCUCUCGGGCUUCUGCCUGCUCUGCUCUGGUGUGUUUGUGCUCGCGGUCGACGUUCUCGUCCAAAAGAAACUGGGCGGGCGUGCCAACGCGGUGACGCAGGACGGAGCCGCCGUCCCCUGAGUUCUGCCGACGCCGGACCCCCGAGCCACACCCCCCCCACAUCGUCUGUCCAGACCCCCUCUUGUAGAGCGAGAACCGUUGGUUUUAAUGUCGUUCAAUUUUUUAUGAGCAAACUUUUUGCACAAUGAUUUUAUUUGCUUAAAAUGAGACUCCUCUCCAACAACAAACCAACAAUAGAAAGGUGCGGUCUCCUGCUAAAAUUGUGCUAAUGCAGUAUGAGCUGGAGGUGCAAGGUUCUAGCUCUAUUGAGUUAAGCUCUAGUCUGAGCAGAGAUGCACAGCUCUGUGAGUCUGUGACAUCACUGUGGAGUCUGGCUCCACAAUCAAUCGUUAUGAAUAUAACCAUAACCCUAUUUCAGGAUUACUGUUUUAAAUACAAACAUUGCUCAAUUAAUAGUUUUUGUCAAAACACUCUGCAAGGCUUGUUUAUUGCUGUGACAUUCGUUUUACCUCUUAGACGUGUUAUGUUUAUUUCAUGUCAAGCCAUGCAUUUUAUUAAAUCAGUGUUUGGUAUGAUUGCCAGAGAGAGUGUGGAAAAAGAGAAAUAUAUUUUUGCAGUCAUGCAUGCAAUAUUUCUGUUGCAGUCUAGAAUGGGAGCGGCUGGAAUGGAUGUAUUCCUUGAUGAAGAACUGUUGAAUUAAACGACCAGCGUUGUUGUUUCCCAAGCAGGGAGGUCAAGAUCGACUCAGUAGCCCAUAUUUGACCAAUCCGUAGCUGGAUGGGUAGACGACUGCAUUCCCCCGUUUGUCGAAGGCAGCUCAAUAGUAUGUCUUGAGAUUUUAAUAAUGUCCCCUUCAUAAUUAACUAAGUUGGAGCCCUUAAUGUGGUCAGGUAGUCCUGUUUAACUAUUCAUCUGGUAUUAUAUUAUGGGGUCUACUAAUAUUGUAGCAGAAAAUGUAAAUUGUAUAUUUCCAGCAUAUUAUUUUUAAUAAAUGACAUGUGACUAA